AUGGCCCCCGCCAACAACUUCUUCAACGCCGCGCGCCCGGCCUUCCGCCAGCAGAUGUUCGCCGGCGCCCAGAUCCGCAACGCUUUCCGCACCUCCCAGUUCCGCACCCAGUUCCGCGAGAGCUCCAAGAGAUGGCAGAGCUCGACCGCCUCUGCCGAGGCUCAGGCUAGCUGGUUCAAGCGCAUGUGGGACAGCCCCGUCGGCCUCAAGACGGUGCACUUCUGGUGA